AAUAUAUAUAUUAUCUGCAGCCAAGAACGGGUAAAAUAAAUGGUAUAUUCUAUAAGCUGACAGCCUGAAACUUAACCACCGCAUCUCUUCAACUUCUUUCUACUUCGCGCCAUUUCAUGACUCGACCGUUAAACAUCCAAAAAGCCAAGUUCCAAUGACAUACAAAACAGCUUACCACCUCUCGAUUCUACUAAGAAACUGCGCCAAUCACUCUUUAAUCUAUCAAGCCAAACAAAUCAAUGUCCAAAUCCUUUUAAGUAACUACCUCAGCAACGUUACCCUUCAAACUGAUCUCUUGUUAGCCUACUCGAAAUCUGGGUUUCUUCAAGAAGCCCGUAAAGUGUUUGAUAGAAUGCCUGAAAGAAACGUGCAUUCGUGGAAUAUUAUGAUGUCAUCGUAUGCGCAGAAUUAUUGUUACUCUGAUGCUAUUUGUAUCUUUGAUGAGUUUUUGAAAAUGGGUUUUCGACCGGAUCACUAUACGUUGCCUCCACUGUUUAAGGCAGUAGCUGGAGUGGGAGAUUGUUAUUUGGGGUUUGUGCUUCAUGGUUGGGUGAUUAGACUUGGUUUUGAGGGAUAUGUUGUUGUGGGAAGUUCUGUUCUGGAUUUUUACUUGAAAGGUGGGAAAUUGGUUGAGGCGAAGCGAGUGUUUUCUAAUAUGUUGUGGAGGGAUUGUGGUGUUUGGAAUUUGAUGAUUUCUGGGUUUGGGAGGGCAGGGUUUUAUGUGGAGGCUUUGAGUUUGGUUAGGAAUAUGGUUGAGGAAGGGGUAAAGUUGGAUGCUUUGGUGGUACCGAGUAUUUUGAAUGCUUGUGGAGGGGAAGGUGACUUGAUGAAAGGGAAGGAAAUUCAUGGGCGAGUAGUGAAGAGUACUUUUUUCAAUGUGGAUGUUGUGAUUAGUAACUCAUUGAUUGAUAUGUAUGCCAAAUGUGGGUGCUUGAAUGAUUCAGAAAAGGUUUUCAGGAACAUGCGCAGAUUGAAUGUUGUUACAUGGACCACAAUGAUAUCGUGUUAUGGGGUUCAUGGGAGAGCAGAGGAAUCUCUGGAAGUUUUUAAGAAAAUGAAAGGUUUUGGACUUAAACCUAACCCUGUCACACUAACUGCAGUUUUGGCUAGUUGCAGCCAUUCAGGUCUAAUUGAUGAAGGCCGGAGGAUCUUUUAUUCAAUGCAAUCACAUUAUGGGUUUGAACCCGGUGUAGAGCACUAUGCUUGUAUGGUGGACCUCUUAGGUCGUUUUGGCCAUCUCGAGGAAGCUCUUGGAUUAGUACAGAGAAUGAAGUUAGAAGCAACUGCAAGUGUCUGGGGUGCGCUACUGGGUGGUUGUGUGAUGCACAAGAAUGUCAAUAUUGGUGAAAUAGCAGCUCAUUGUCUUUUUGAACUGGAACCAAGUAACCCCGGAAACUAUAUAGCCUUGUGUUAUAUUUACAAAUCUCAUGGUAUUUCAGAUGGUAUAACAAUAACCAGGGCAAAGAUGAGAGAAUUGGGUUUGGCUAAAACUCCUGGUUGUAGCUGGAUAACAAUAGCAGGAACAGUACACAAAUUCUACCAAGGAUGUCAUUCUCAUCCAUUGACAAAAGUGACGUGUGAAAUUUUAGAUAGAAUGAUCAAGGUGCUAAUGUUGCCUGGUGAUUUUGAACUGGAAAUCCAUGUUAUUAAUAUUUCAUCAUGCUCGCUUUCAUAAAAUUUUGUAAUAUCACACUCACUGUAUGAUUUAUUGUGCCACAGGCAUUGCAGUUGAUCAGGUCAUUUGUUUUUCUUUCCUUGUUCAGACAUAUGGCAUGGUAUGACUAGCUUAGAAGGAAAAGCUUGGACUACCCUGUCCUUGAAAUCUAAAUACAUUUAAGUUUCGCAUCUUAACUGACAACUGUUCAUUGCUUGUUGAGUGCAAUUAAACGGACCUUGUGCUCGAGAUGCUGCUGAUUGGACCGAGAAGAGGAUGUUGCUAUAUCAGAAUCCAGGGGAUGAUCAUGUGCCAAUUUAAUCAACAGAGAGCAACAGAGAGGAAUGCAAGAAAGAAUAGGCCACCAAGUGAGACAAAGACAACAAUUAUAACAGUUGAAUGAUGUCCUGGUGUUGGCGGUGGAGAUGGAAUAACAUGAGAGGGUGCAGGUGGAAUAAUAUGAGGUGGUGAUGGUGGAGGAAUGUGAUGGGGUGGUGGCGGAUGAAAUGGAUGAUUGGGUGGUGUUGCUGGCACUGGGAAUGGGGAUGGUGGAGUAAUUGGAUGAUGUGGUGGAGGAACUUUUGGAGGGGAGGGUUUAAUGUGUGGUGGCGGAGGAUUAUGGGGUGGGGACCCUUUUGGAGGGGAUGGAUAAUUAUGGGGUGGGACAACUUUUGGAGGGGAGGGUAUAAUGUGUGGUGGCGGAGGAUUAUGGGGUGGGGACCCUUUUGGAGGGGAUGGAUAAUUAUGAGGCGGCACAACUUUUGGAGGGGAUGGAGGAUUAUGCGGUGGUGGUAGAGGAAAAUAUGGGAAGUUGUAGUCAUAGUUAUCAAGGGGAGCCAUUUCAAUUUGGGAAAGAGAUGGAAGCUGACAGAUUAUGUUUUGCUGCUGCUGAGAUACGAAUAUUAUGAGUUGUGCUUUUGCCUAUUUAUAGUAUUUAUACUGUCAACUCUCGAGAAGAGUUUUCAGUUGUUAAAUGUUUUGCAUGCUUCUAAGCUUUGAGUAACUUUACUCGCAUGCUAAGUUUUUCAAAGAGUUGUCAUUGAUUGCAUUAAAAAACACUUCUUUUGUUUUUCUGAUUAUUUGAGAGGUGUCCUUUCUACAUCUCAUGAUAGGAAUAUCAAUGGAGUUGAUUGGUAUGACUCGUCUAUACAUUGACCACUUACUAAUAGUCAUAUUUUGAUUCUUUCUGACAAUGACUUGCUCUGCCUCUGAUGUUGUUUUUUUUCCUUUGAUAAUCUAUUUGAAGAACAAAGACUGUUAACCCUACAUUGUGCAAUCAUGUCGAAUUCCUUAAACGCUGGGCACAGGACGGAUCCACAACUGUGGAGGGAAUGAAGGCAUGGAGGUGGCUUCCAAUCUCAUGAGGCAAGUUGGCGGGGCUAGUGGUUGUUGCUUAUGUAUGACAAAAGGAAUUUGCAGAGCAGAAAUAAGCAUGAAAGCAGGUCCUCAAAUAUAAAAAAAGGGCAACCUUCUUAUCAUACUGUAAUACAUCAAGCUGUCUCAGAAGCACAAGCACCAAUUCAAGAAUUGACAAAUACAAUAGAGAAUUUCUAUUUCA